AUGAUAGCAUCGUCCUCUUCCCCUUACACCGUCUAUAACCCCAAAAUGGACCAGCUGCGCAAGAUCAGCACGCAGCGUCUCCCACCCCCGGUUCUCUUCCAAGGCCCCCCCUCCCACAGCGCCUCCAAUCUCUCUCUCCAGCCACCCACCGCAGCAGCAGCAGCAGCAGCAGCAGUGACCUCCAACGGCCCCGUACCAGGAGGAGCGCAACCACCACCGCUUCCACAACCCCGCCCAACCCGGGCCCGGACCCCAACCUACGGCUCCCUCGAUGCACCCUCCCUAUCACCGUUCGUCUCGCGCUCGCGCACCCAGUCCAGAGGCGAAUUGGACCGCACGGACGCCAUCUGGCAGGAGAUGCAGAACGCCCUGUCGGAGGUCGAGCUGAGCGCCGUCACCAGCGAACACGUCUUCGGUGAACGCCACUCCGAGGCUCUGGAGGACUUGCGCACCCAGCAGUUGAAGUUGGCGCAGGCGUGGGCUCGCAGCGAGGCGGACGACGAGGUCGUUGAACCUAAGGCUGAUGCCGUUAAGGAUUUGUCGAGGAAAGAUGCCGAGCCUGCUACUACUGCUGCUGCUGCUGCUGCGGCGGCGGCGGGGGCGGCGGCGGGGGUGGCUACUGCGGAUGCUGGCGCCGCGCCGAGGAAUCUGGACGAGGAGACGGAGAAGGAUAUUCUUCUGGCGCGGGAGCGUCGCGAGGCGAAUGAUCGGUACUUUGACCGGGUGAAUAAUGGGGUGUUGGAUGUUGUUGCGCGGCUGGAGGAGGUUGCGCUGGCUAUGCGGGCGGUGGAGCGCGAGAGUAUGGAUGUUUGGAGUGAUAGUGACUCGUCGAGUACGCCGACGGAGUCUACUGCUACCAAUGCGGGGGCGGGUUGAUGGUUUGUUUGGAGUCGGAUGACCGAUUGAACUUACAGUCCUAUCCUACGACAUGGUCGUUAUCAAUAUCUCGCAUGGUCGAACCGCAUACGCGUCGAUGCUCUAGGUUGCUGGAGAGCAUGCUAUGCCCCUACUAGAGAGCAUAUUAUGCCAGGCAGAGCACUCCAGCCCGGAAGAAACCAGUCCUCCCGGGCAACCUAUUGUCGCAUCCCCGCGAUUCAAAGACACGCGACAUGGGAAUAUUCAUGAGGUAGAAGCGGUGAAACAUGUACAUACUAGUCACAUCGUGGAGUAUACCCAUGACCGAGCAAGCCAAUAUAGGCAAAG